AUAUAGUUUCAGAGUUACUGUUUACACCCUAUAAAUAUAUGUCAGUUAGCAUUGAGUAAUAUUACAAAAAUUUGGUUUCCCUAUAGUCUUUGCUUGGUUCUAUGGAUCUAAUAAAAUCCUUAUGGAUUGGCUUCAUAUUCUUGUCUUCCUUCUGGAUGAACUCUCUCUGUACUAACCAAAAUGGUUUCUUGAGUUUAUCCUGCGGUGGAGCUACAAGUUUUACCGAUUCAUCCAACGUUUCAUGGGUUUCUGACAGUAAAUACAUAGCCACAGGAAACAUUACCACCACCACCAUUGGUGCUACUUCAUCAUCUACCAUUCCUCUCAGGUUUUUUCCGGAUUCGAAAGCUCGAAAAUGCUAUAAGCUACCAUUGAAGAAUUUAUCAUCUGUUGUUCUUGUUAGGCCUCAAUUUCUGUACAAGAAUUACGACAAGCUUCGAAAACCCCCUUCUUUUCGUGUUUCUAUCGACACAGCUAUUAUUAGUACUGUAAAUCUUGCAAAAAAUGAUCCAUGGAUUGAAGAAUUUGUUUGGCCUGCUAAUAAGGAAACACUCUCUUUCUGCUUACAUAGUAUUCCUGACGGCGGAUUUCCUGUUAUUGCAUCGCUUGAAGUUCGUUCGCUUCCUGAAGGAUCUUAUCGGAGUGGAAUUGGAGAAUUUCCUGAUAGAUUACUCAGAAAAACUUAUCGUAUUAAUAGUGGCUAUGCUAAUGGUUCCUUAAGGUACCCUUACGAUCCAUAUGAUCGAAUCUGGGAUGCUGAUGAAAAUUAUACACCAUUUCACGUAUCGACUGGAUUCGAGAAGCUACUAAAGGUUGAGUCAUCAAGUGUUAGUGAGGAUCCUCCCAUCAAUGUUCUUCAGAACGCGAGAGUAUUGGCACGGAAGGAUGUUCUGAGUUACAAUCUUGGUCUGGAUACACUUGGAGAUUACUACAUUGUCCUUUACUUUGCUGGGAUUCUUCCUGUUUCUCCCUCUUUUGAUGUUCUGAUUAAUGGUCAUAUUGUUCAUUCUAAUUAUACUGUCAGAGUUUCAGAAGCUAGUGCUUUGUAUUUAACGCGAAAAGAAAUAAAUAGCUUGAAUAUUACUCUGAAGAGUAUCAGCUUCUAUCCACAAAUCAAUGGGAUUGAAGUUUAUGAGAUUCUUGAAAUUCCAUUACAAACUUCCUCAACUACAGUGUCAGCACUUCAGGUUAUUCAGCAUUCAACAGGAUUAGACCUGGAAUGGGAAGAUGAUCCGUGUUCUCCAACACCAUGGGAUCAUAUUCAAUGUGAAGGAAGCCUUGUCACAUCAUUGGAGCUUUCAGAUGUCAAUUUAAGGUCAAUUAAUCCAACCUUUGGUGAUCUACUGGACCUUAAAACACUGGAUUUGCAUAACACUUCACUUGCUGGAGAGAUUCAGAACUUAGGAAGCCUCCAACAUCUUGAGAAGCUGAACCUGAGUUUCAACCAUCUAACAUCCUUUGGGACUGAACUGGACAAACUGGUUAGCCUUCAGAGUUUGGACCUGCGAAACAAUAGCUUGCAAGGAACUGUUCCUGAUGGCUUAGCAGAGUUGGAUGACCUUCAUCUAUUGAACCUGGAAAACAAUAAACUGGAGGGCAGUCUUCCACAGUCUCUAAACAGAGAAAGUUUGGAAGUGAGGACAUCAGGAAAUCCAUGUCUUUCCUUCUCGACUUUGUCGUGCAGCGACAUUUCAUCUAAUCCGACGAUAGAAACACCACAAGUUACAAUUUUUACCAAGAAAAGUCGUAACAAGAUCAAUCAUAUGGCAAUUAUACUUGGUGCAGCUGGAGGAACCAUAUUUGCUCUUCUUCUCAUUUCUCUUGCACUAUUCCUCUACACAAAGAAACAAACUAGUGAACUCACAUACACAGACAGGACUGCAAUAGAUAUGAGAAACUGGAAUGCAGCAAGAAUCUUUUCCUAUAAAGAAAUAAAAAGAGCUACAAACAAGUUUAAGGAGGUUAUUGGCCGUGGAAGUUUCGGAGCUGUUUAUCUUGGAAAGCUUUCAGAUGGAAAACCAGUAGCUGUGAAAGUGAGGUUUGACAGGACUCAACUUGGGGCUGAUUCUUUUAUCAAUGAGGUGUAUCUGUUGUCGCAAAUUCGUCAUCAGAAUCUUGUGGGUCUGGAAGGAUUUUGUUAUGAAUCAAAGCAGCAAAUUCUAGUCUAUGAGUAUCUACCUGGUGGAUCAUUGGCUGAUCACCUCUAUGGUCCUAACAGUCGAAAAGUUUCCUUAAGUUGGGUUCGUAGACUGAAAAUUGCUGUUGAUUCUGCUAAGGGAUUGGACUAUCUGCACAACGGGAGCGAACCGAGAAUUAUACACCGUGAUGUGAAAUGCAGCAACAUAUUAAUGGACAAGGACAUGAAUGCCAAGGUCUGUGACUUUGGCCUUUCUAAGCAAGUGAUGCAGGCAGAUGCAAGCCACGUGACUACUGUUGUCAAAGGCACUGCUGGCUAUCUUGAUCCUGAGUACUAUUCUACCCAACAGCUUACAGAGAAAAGCGAUGUCUACAGCUUCGGUGUUGUUCUUUUGGAGCUCAUUUGUGGUCGGGAACCAUUACGCCGCUCAGGAACUCCAGAUUCCUUCAAUUUAGUCUUAUGGGCCAAGCCCUACUUGCAGGCGGAUGCAUUUGAGAUAGUAGAUGAUAGCAUAAAGGGAACUUUUGAGGUAGAAAGCAUGAGAAAGGCAGCAAAAGUUGCUGCUAGGUCAGUAGAGAGAGAUGCCUCACAGAGGCCUAAUAUAGCAGAGGUAUUGACAGAGCUAAAAGAAGCAUACAACACUCAGCUGGCAUAUCUCGCAGCCUGCGACAUUGAUGAAUGCAGAUAAAUCUUACACAUGAAAUAUAAAAUGGAUCUAGACAGACCUGAAGUGGAAGGGUGAUCAAGCAACCACCGCAAACUCCAGCAAAGAAAAUUUCUGGAGAUACACCCUGCAUUCAGAUAAGAGAUUGUUUCACUAAAAGUACUAAUAUGAUGCAUAAAUCCAUAGUAGACAGUAUGAAAAAUGUUGCAGAUAACUCGCAUGUUUAUUAUUAGGUCACGAGAUAAAAUCCAUUCAGAUUUCCUAU